AUGCCUCCGAAGAAGCGUUCAGCUGCUAAAGGCUCUGAAUUUAAACCAUGGGAAAUUGGAAGGAGAACAGGAAAGAAUGUCCGAGCUGGGAAAGUGAUAAGAGUUGAUAAAAAUGGGUUUGAGAAUUUUGAUGAUUAUUUUGGUGGGAAUAUAUCGGGAUCUGAUUCGUCUAUAAAUAUCACGUUAGAUCAUACUUUACAUACUAAUAAAAGUUUUCUACAAAACUCCAGUGAUGAUAGUAAAACUAAAGGCAAGAAACUCACCACUAAAAAGGCACAGAAGUCUACAAAUAAAGGAGAUAGGAGUAUUAGAAUGGUUCGAGAUAUAGGACGACGAACAUUAAAACCUAUUAGAUUAGGUAAAAAUAUCAGGAAAGAUGACAAGGGAUUUGAGGUUUUUGAUGAUUAUUUUACAGAUCAUGAAUUAUCAUCCAGUACUAUUUGUUUAUCUGUUAACCAGUCUUCAUUGUUAGAUUCUGAUGAUAAUGAAAUAAGUUUUGGAAAGAAAGACAACUCCAGGACUGAAAACUUAUUAGUAUCAAGGGAGGAAAUCAUAGAACAUGAGAAAGAGAAUCAUGAUGUAUACGGUGAUGACGAAGAUAACGGAGGGGACAGUACAGGUCAAUAUGACUCCGCCCCUGAAUCACCGCCCUCUACUGGACAAUCAGAUCACGAUAAUUUCAACAAGUCUUCUAGAAAGGGGGAUCAGUCUAUUAAUAAAUCGCGAAAUAAGACAUUAAAUUUGUCACGAGACGGUAGUGAAAGUGAAUCUAAUUUAUCAGCAGGCUUCAGGCCAGAUGUUACUAAUAGUAACCAGAAUGUAACCAGUGGUAACCAUAAUGAUACUCAUGACAACCAUACUGUAACUAAUGGUAACCAUACUGUAACUAAUGAUAACUCCCCUUCAGAAACAGGAAGUUUCAGUCAAAGUUUAGGAUUUUCAGCUCAAAAAUCUGACAAUAAUUCUAUAAAUAGAGAUGUAAGUAGACGACGUAGCUCUCGAAACCGUUCUAGUAUAAAUUCUCUGGGGAACGCGACAUUGAAUAAAUCACACGGUGCUAAACUUAGCAAGACAAAUAGUUUUCAGUGUGAAAACACGUCUGAAUCCCAGGUCAAAUCAUCAACAGAAACAGAGCAAGAAAUUUCUGAGACUGAAAAUGAUGAAGAAUUAUCAGAAAAUAAAAGUAAUAAAAUCGAUGAAGUGGAAAUAGUAGAUUCGGAAGAAAUCAUAGAAUCAGAAGAAAUAGAAAACAAAGAAGAUUUGGAGGGUUCACAAGAUGGAGAUUGGGAAACUAUUGAUGUAGAAGAACGUAGAGAAUAUCUAUGGAGAAAUAAAUCAGAAUAUCUUACAAACGUAGCAGAAGACGUCCAUGAAUUUAGUUGUUCAUUGAAAGAUGAUGGUAGUGGAGAAGAAGGAGAUAAGACAAGAAUACGAUCAAUGAGUCAGUAUGACCCCAGUAAAUUGAGUCAGACACUAACAGCCAGGGUGUCAUUUCUUCCCGAUCAGGACGAGACUUGUGAGGAGGGGGAGAUACGAUUCACGGACAAUAACGAUGUCGUUGUUACUAAAAUCAUUAACCAAACUUCAACAACACACGAGAACAUCAGUCUUAAUCUAAACAAAUCAAACCGACAGAAUAGAUCUAGUAAUAAAUCAAGAAAUGAAUCCAUGCUGAAUAACUCUUCAGGUAGAAAUUCAACCCAAAAUGAAAUUGACAAAUCUAGAAACAAAUCCAUCUUGAAUAAAUCUACAGGUAGAAAUUCAACCCAAAAUGAAAUUGGCAAAUCUAGAAACGAAUCCAUGCUGAAUAAAUCCUCCAGAAGAAAUUCAUCUCAAAAUAAAUCUCUUAAAAAAUCUAUCAAUAAUGACUCACAUGUGGAAGAAAAUGGUUCAGAUAUUGUCGAUGUGGAUGAGGCUGUAACAGAAUCGACAGAAGUCGAUCAAGAUGAUCUAGCUGACAAUAGAGAACAAGAGAUCCCUGUUCCAGAAGAUCGGAAAGAAGAUCAUAGAGAAGAUCAGAAAGAAGAUCGGAGAGAAGACAGUAUAUCAGGAAUUCACGUAGCAGGGGGGAUAACUGGUUCUAUUACUAAAAAUAAUGACAACCAGAAGAAUUCACCUGUGACUUUUAAAACCAAGAAAAGAUUGUCCUAUUCUGGUAUGGAAGAAUCAGUCCAUGAAAAUAUGAAUUUAUCUAAAAGAGAAAGAAGGAGUCAGAAAUCAAUUUUAGCAACAGUUAAUGAAGAUCAUCCCUUAGAUACCAGUGUCAAGGGGAAUAACUCUCAAAAUGAUGAAAAUAUUGAGAUUGAAACCAAUGAAAAAAGCAGAAUUAUGCGAAAUGCUGGAAAGCGUAGCUCUGUAUCGCGAAAUAAAUCAAUAGUUGAUAAAACUAACUUAGAAACAGGGGAGACAACCACUGGAUCUGAUAUAGAGAAAAAUUCAAGUGACGAUACUAAUAAUAGAUCAGUGAACAAAUCGCGACGUAGUAGUAAGAAUCGUAACUCUACUUUAAAUUCUUCUAAAAAUAAAACAAUAAAUAAUCUGGAAGACAAUGUUGAAAUGUGUGAAAAUGGACUGGGCAAUGUUUCUAUUGUAGUCAAUCAAGCGAAUCUCUCGCAGCAAAAUAAAAGCAGAGGAUCAUUGCGUAAUAAAUCUUUAAAUAAGUCUGGAAUGACCAAGGCUAAACUUGAUAUUGUGUCGGGCACAAGUUCAGCGGAAGAACAAUCAGAUACGAACAAAACUUUACAUAAAACAGUUGAUAAAAAUACUUCAACAUCAGGUUUACCAAGUGGCAGUUCUGUUAAAAAUCCUAAAACAACCAAAGAAAUAGAAACUAAUACAACUCCUGUAGAUCUUCACGAGAGACAAAUAUCAGACAAUCGUAAAAGACAGUCAAACGAGACUGAAGUUUUUGAGAAAUUAAAGCGAAGAUCAGAUGAGCGGGAAAAUCUAGCAGACGUAUCUGAUGAUUCUAUUGUUAAACCUAAAAACAGACGUCGAACGGUUGUCAUUGACGACCAUAGUAUCAGUAAUGUGGAACAAGAUUCUGUUGCUGGUAACGUCCAAUCAUCAUCCAGCGAUGAGGUCAUCAUUCAUGAUGGCCUUGACCUUGAAGAUGAAGACCCUCUGCCAGUUAAUAUAGCAGAAUCAACUAGAAUAGAUGGUAAUAUAAACAGAAUCCCUAUAGACACUCCUAAAAGUGGUAUAUCAUUCCGUACUCGUCGAGUUAGAUCAUUGAAUAGUAAAUCAUUGGUUCGAACUCUUCAUCGUACAGUUGUAGAAAAAUCACAUUUGGUGGAGCAGACGCAGGAUCAAGAAUUAAAACAACCAUCUAUCAUAGAGACUAAUUCCCUGUCACUACCGAUUAUAGAUGGCGCUAUGUCUCCCCCUACUAUUAUUAGUAACGAUAAUACACCAAGGGAACUAACUCCAUGUCUAAUCCAACCUGGUAGUCUUUCAGCCCAGAAACGAAAUCCUCGACGGGUUACGAUAGCAGAAGGUGAUAAUUCUGAAAAUGAAGCUGUGAAAAAUGGUGAAACUUUUAGUGAUUUGACGGAAUCUAUCCACCAUUAUCACGAUAUCACUAACGAUCACCAUUCUCCAGUUCUCUUUAAAAAACCUGAGAAAAAACGAAUCAUUUAUCCUGCACCAGCCCCUGACGGAUUACGAAGGUCAUCCCGGGUCAGAGUUCAAAGGUUAGAAGGUUAUAAGAAUGAGAGAAUUAUAUAUGACAGAAGAAGAAAAUCAGGAGUACAUGUUCUGGCUAUUCAACCUUCAAAUGAAGCUAAAUAUUUAGCUCACAGUGAGAAAUUAAGAAAAGCCAGACUGAAACGAAUUAGAGUGAAGAAAGCGAAACAGAAGAGACAGAGAUAUGGUCGUAAUUUAUCAAUUCAUGGAUCAAUACCUGACGAUCUUAAUUUAACAUUUGGUACACAAUUACCCAUAGUUCACCCUGAAACUCAAACAGAGGUUCUCAUGACGUGUAUUUCACAACAAGAUAGUUAUGUAUUUAUCGGUCCUAGUGGUAAUGUCCCGAAAGCCUCGGACCCGUACGUCAUGUGUCAGUCGUUAAACCAGAAAUCAUUUACGUCAGGAGAAUUGAAUCUGAGGCCACAUGGAGAAAAACCGCUACAGAAAGUAGUCAAUAAUACGCUGGUUGUUGUUGUUGUUGUUGUUGUUGUUGUUGUUGUAAGAGUUAUAUUUGGUAAAGUAGCUGUUACUAUACAUAGAAAAGUUUCAGUUUUAGAAACCGGUGAUGUUUUCUUCGUACCUUCAGGUGCUGUAUAUAAACUGAAGAAUCUACGUAACGAAGAGGCCAAGUUAUUUUAUAUGAAUAUUGUACGAGUUGAAGACAGUGAGUCAGAGAGAGAAACAGAAUCAGAACAAAGUUCAGAACACGAGACAACUCAUUAG